AUGGCGGCGCGGGCUGGAGCGCGGAUGACCGGCAGGCGCUGUGGGCAGCAGCACGGAGCAGCAGCGAAUGGAAACAGGAGGAAGGCGGCGAGGCAGCCGCGCCAGCGCAGUCUAGAAGGGCCGCUCUCGCCUACCUGGGCGGAGCCGCCAGCCCCUUCGAGGAGAGGCCGAUGGCCGCCCCAGCGCCGCCGCCAACCGCGACCGCCGGCCCACCCCCCGGCACCGCCUCACCCUGCACGGCCAAAACAGGAACACCCUCCUCGAUACCACCUCCCUCGUCACCGCCUGCCCAGAAACACCGCCUCCGGCACCGCCUUCCCCCUCACGGCCUGCCCAGAAACACCGCCCCGGCACCGCCUCCCCAGCACGGCCUGUCCCGGCGGCGGCGGGCGGGGCUCCCGUCACGCCACGGCCGCUCCGCGCCGCCAGGGUGCGGGGGCCGAUGCUCUGUGGGGCCCCGGUGGGAAGCUCGUCCCGGUGCGGGAACGGAGCCGUGCUCCUCCGGGAGGGACCAUCCCGUCCAAGCUGCACUGGCAGCCGGGUAGCGGCAUCGUCCCCGCGCGGGAGUGUUAA